CAGAGCAGCAGGCGCUGCCUGAGGGGACGAAGUCCACCUUUUUAUCCCGCUCCCGUUUGCAGAACAAGCGGCCUUCUGGGUCUCCGGGAGGGUCGCCUGAGUCAGGCGGCCCCUGUUUCUUCCCUCGCCCAGAAGCCGACCGAGCGGGAACGAAGCCAGCCGAAGAAAAACAGCCUCGCCCUCUUUCCUGCCCCCGCCUCACUCACUUGAGCGUGAGUGAGGGGCGGCUCGGCCAAUCGCAGCCCCCAUCUGAGCCAGGAGGCGGUGCGGAGGCGCGGCUGGGCCAAUCAGCAGUGCGGCUCUCUCUCCCCCUCAGAGCCGCGCCGCGACAGAGCAGGAAGGCCCCGGCCAGCCCCGGCCUCGGUGUCGGCCCCGGCAGCGCCGAGCGGCAGGGGCUGAGGCUGGAUUGCUGAGGAUGGUGUGUGCUUCCCAGUGGCCGGAGUGGAAACAGGCCAUUACCGAGUUAUCCCACCUUUGGUGAAAGUGCAGCCAUGUCUGUGAUGAUAGCAAGGAAGAAGGUGACGCGGAAAUGGGAGAAGCUGCCAGGAAGGAAUACUUUCUGCUGCGAUGGGCGCAUUAUGAUGGCCCGUCAGAAAGGCAUCUUCUAUUUGACACUGUUCCUCAUUGUGGGAACGUGUGCCCUCUUCUUUGCUUUUGAGUGCCGGUAUCUCGCUGUCCACCUCUCCCCAGCUAUCCCCGUCUUUGCAGUCAUUCUCUUUUUGUUUGCAAUGGCCACCCUGUUGCGGACAAGCUUCAGUGACCCAGGAGUUAUUCCACGGGCCCUACCUGACGAGGCAGCUUUCAUUGAAAUGGAAAUAGAGGCAACCAAUGGAACGGUGCCUCCCGGCCAGCGGCCGCCUCCCCGCAUUAAGAACUUCCAGAUCAAUAACCAGAUCGUGAAGCUGAAGUACUGCUAUACCUGCAAGAUCUUCCGUCCGCCCCGGGCCUCACAUUGCAGUAUUUGCGACAACUGUGUGGAGCGUUUUGAUCAUCAUUGUCCCUGGGUAGGAAACUGUGUGGGAAAGAGGAACUACCGUUAUUUCUACCUCUUCAUCCUUUCGUUGUCCCUCCUCACCAUCUACAUCUUCUCCUUCAACAUUGUCUACGUCGCCCUGAAAUCCCUGAAGAUCGGCUUUUUGAGUACGCUAAAAGAAACUCCAGGGACGGCCCUGGAGGUUUUGAUCUGCUUCUUCACCCUUUGGUCUGUAGUGGGCCUAACUGGAUUCCACACAUUCCUGGUAGCCUUGAAUCAGACAACGAAUGAAGAUAUUAAAGGCUCCUGGACAGGGAAGAACCGUGUGCAGAAUCCUUAUAGCCAUGGGAACAUUGUGAAGAACUGCUGCGAAGUUCUGUGUGGUCCUUUGCCUCCCAGCGUGCUGGAUAGACGGGGCAUCUUGCUUCAAGAGCAUGCUAUCUCAGGGAGCGGAGCUGGGCCUGAGCCCAGAACGCAAGAAGAGAGAAGCGCAGAGGAACGCAGAGCCCAGGAAGCCGAGGGCGGCAGUGCCUUCCCGGAGGGAAGCCUGCUCCCUGGGCCAACGGACAAGGUGCCACAGGAAGCCACGAAGCCACCUGUGGCUGCUGCUGCUCCAGAAGAAGAAGAAUCAUCAUCUGCUCAAACACUCGAUCCUGUGCAGAUGACACCUUAGCCUCCGAGGUGAACACGAGAGUGCUUUUACGUGGCUGCCCCUUGUGAAGCUGCAGCGUGAGCAAGGACGGGGACAGCUGGCUGGACAGCAUGUUGUUCCUUAGGCGGUUUGUUCGCCAACGGUUCCGAACAGUAUCUCCAAACUGAUGUUGCCAAUGCUCCCUUUCUCAUGGAGAGGCUGGGCACUCGGUUGUGCUGCUUGACGGACUCUCCGUCUCUCGCCCAAUUAAACGAGUGCCUCUCUGGCCCCCGGCCUUGAGUUCUCUGGAACAUGGAAUUUGCUGGGAAGAAGACGGAACUGGCGAUUGUGAUCUGUGCCAUCUUUCUCCUUGUGACUGCAGUAUUGUGUGUUUGACUGGUCUCGUUUGCCAAGGGAGUCAGGCUGGAUCCAUGGAAGCUAGCACCUGCCAAGUUCAAAAAUCGUAGCCUUCCUAAAUGUUCCUGACAAACAGUGCCAACUGGCAGCGCCAAGCCCCAAAUAGUCCUAAAUUACACCCUGCCAGAGGACCUUGAGGUCCUUUUGUCUCCCCCGACGUCUGUUCAGGUAUUGGAAUCUGUGGUGCAGUAUCGACCUUUCCUCUCCUCCCUCACUUUUCUCUCCUCCCUUUUCAAUUAGAAGUGGUUCUGAUUCUUCUUCCGUAUCCUGGAAAGGUAGAACUUCCCUUCUCGCUAGCAGUUACCGAAGGGCUGCUGGGGAAAUGGGUCAUAGGGGCAGCCUAAAUGCUCUGGAAGCAGAAGAGCCAGCGUUGUAUGGUAGGAAGCUUAUUACUGUACAGAUAGAUGAGGUGGGCUCUUAGUCUGUGACUUCUGUACAGCCCAUAAUGUCUGUGCUCUAAGCUCUCUAGAUCCAGUGCUGAAAGCUGCUUUGGGAAAUAUCUGACUAAAUUAUGGUUGAGUCCGGACCGUUGUGUUGUUAUUCAGUCCUCUCUCUCUGAAUGUGCACAGAGAAUCUGUAUGUCAGGAAAGCCAUAUAUACUCUGAGUUUGGAUGGGUGGGCAGGGGGCCCCCACUAUAUCUCUGCUCGUAGAAUCAUACCGCAAAGCUACACUACCGUACACACUUCUGUGGUGACUGUGCCAGUCAGACAGAAAAUGGAGAUAAAUGUUUUGAAGGCUGUGUA